AUUAGUGUGGACAGUAGGCCUAACCGUAGAAAUAAAGCUGCUUUCCUCCGGCGUGGUGUGGACGAGGCCUCAGAAAAACAGACGAAAUACCUUGAGAGUUCAAAUUAAGUCCCUUCUCUCAACCCCACUUCAAGCCCUGAGCAUCAAAACAAAUCUAGAAUCCUUUUAAAAAAAUUGCACACAUCCCCAAGAGACCUCCAAAGGGACGUACUGUUAGUAAGGAGCAACGGACCUCACAGAAACACGACGGAACCACAACAAGAAAGUCGCAAAAGGGAUAAAUCAUCUUUAUUAGGAACUGAACACUGUUAGACUGACAAAUUGCGACAUUUGAAGGAAUAUGAAUGUAGUUUUUAAAUUCAUUUUUAUUUCAGCCUAGUCGUGGCAUGAAGUUGAGAGCAAGCGCGCACGUAGUCUGCGUGGGAGACGCGACAUACCACCUGUUAUUUACAGGGACAUUUCCGUCUGCAACGCCUUGGUAGUGUGCACGUAAUUGAUUUAAAAUUGCCGCUAGACCGUAAACAUCAAACUCUAACUUACUGGCGUUUUGAAAAGUAAAAGAGAGCGAGCUAAUAUGAGAUUGUUUGUUUGCGAUUUGCGAUCAGCAUGAAGCACUGCUCGGCCUAGAUAAGCCUUCGUCCAAUUUCUUUAUCGUUACUAUCCGUGACUAUGCAUAUGACUAGGUCGGUGAAAACUCCAAAUAUUGAUUCUACACCUGAUCACACACAGCUGCCUAAAUCUCUACUUAAUAAUCCUUAUCAAACCAUUUAGAACUUGAUCGCUUUCUGUUACACCAUUUGGAGCUAAAGGCGGGGGAGAGGAAACAAGGCGCCAUGAAUGGUUUCGUACGAAUUCUGAGCAUUGUCUUCUUGGUGGCGCGAAUAAGAGGCCAGAUUUGUGUGGAAGAAACCCUCAAUUGUGAAGAUCCGGUUCCCACGAUUUUCAAACUAGGGGAUGCAUCAUGCCAGUGUAAUGACGCAGCACAUGCCGGGGCGUUGAAAUACGCGAACGGUAAAGUGCAUCUUUGUGUCGGCACUGAAUGGAAGACCUUUCAGCUUCUAGGGGAAUACGGCACGGACAGUGCAAAUCCGGGAAUUUCUUGUAAAGAUAUCCUGAACAAAGCGGGAAAACAGCUCAGCAAUGGAGUUUUCUGGAUUCGUCUCCAGGGAAACCAACAGGCUUUUCCCGUUUAUUGCGACAUGGCCGCAGGAGGCUGGACCAUGAUAUUCAAAGCUGUCAGCGGUGUUGACAGGAGGGUAUGGGACUUGUAUAACUCGGCCGAGGCUUCCGCAGAGUUCGUAACGGCAGCCCUUGACAUCACCAACCAACAUCGUGAUCACUACAAGAACCGCGUUGUCAUGCAUUGGCAGAGUUUUUCUCCAUCUCAGGCGAAAGUGAUCGUGUACGAAGGCGGUGUGAAUAAAAAAGAAUUGCUUUUUAACGCGGCUGGGACAGACAAGUUGAACUGGUUUUCUGAGGGCAAACUGGUCAGUUCAUCGUGGACUGAUAUUAAGACAGAAGAAACCAACUACUUCUCCAUUGAGGGGGACAGCCCUCGAAACUUUUUUAUAAACAGAAAGUAUGGUGGCUGUGACGUCGAUGCUGGUUGGCUGGUAGCAGGCGCCGGAAUACAUUGCUCUUGGGAAACCAGUGCUGCCCACAAGAACAAGGUCUUGUACAGCAAGAAGUCCACCUAUACCAACUGGAACUCCAACGGUGAGGCUCGCUUACUCUUUUGAUUGAUACUGUUUUACCUAGGUUUCGUUCGUGGGGGCACUCCCAUUCAUCAGAUAUAUGUGUAUGUACCGCAGUGAAGGCUAUGGUUUUCAGGCAGUUAAGUUUGGGUAUAUGGCAUAGAAACCAGACAGUUUUGGUCUAGAAUAGGGUAUAAUUUAUCAGAAAAGUGGCCAGUGUAUAAAUAGUUUAGUCUGGAACAGCUAUGUUGGACUACGAUAGUGAUAAAGUUUCUGCGUGGAAAAUAGCUAGUCUGGAAUAGGGCGGGGGUUUUUGGUGCUUAGUCUAGAAUAGGGUUGCAAAAUUAAGCUGAUCAUGGUCUAGUAUGGGGUAAGGGAUUCAGUGUUCCAUGUCAGCGGCACAACCCACUCAGAGAUUUCAUUUCCCCAAGCCUUAGCUUCAUUCCACGCGAUGAAAUGAAUGACUCUCGGAGCAGAAUAGUUUUCUUACCCCGUGAGAUUUUGAUUUUCGAAUGGCCUGACGACUUUGAGUGCGAUAGGAAGUCAACUAGAUACGUAACCUUAAGGUAACGGUUAAGUGCCAAUGCGAGCCAAGUAGCCCAUCAAUAUCAGGCCGGCGCUUAUCU